CCUUUUUUCUUUUAUAUUAGACGUCUUUGGGAUACCAUAACUCUAUUUCGCUGGAAAAUUUGGUCCUGUUUCAUAUGUUUUGACCAUCUUAAAGGUAUCAUUCCACCAUGGUUUUGAUAGGAAAGCGAUGCCUUUCAGCUUUCUGUCAGAGGGUUUCAAAAAUGUACCAACCAUCCUUUGUUCUUCCGGAAGGGUCAAAGGUCGCAGACGUUAAAUGCAAAAGUCACCGGUUGAUGAUGGAGGCUGGUCUAAUCAGGCAGGCAAGCCCUGGGACUUUUCACCUCUUACCUUUGGCUAUGAGGGCACUUGAGAAGCUCAUAAAGGUCAUUGACACAGAGAUGCAAAAGGUUGGAGGUCAGAAGAUUGCCAUGCCAGGAAUGACACCCUCCUCCCUCUGGAAGACCUCUGGAAGAUAUUCAGAUUAUGGUCCAGAGCUGAUAACUCUUCAAGAUCGCCAUAAUGUUGACUACUGCUUGGGUCCAACCCAUGAAGAAGCUGUAACAGAUAUAGUUGCUGGAGAAAAGACGCUCUCCCACAAACGUCUGCCCAUAAAACUGUAUCAGAUCACAAAUAAAUUUCGAGAUGAAAUGAGACCGAGAUAUGGAUUACUUCGUGGAAGGGAAUUCCUCAUGAAAGAUUUGUACACAUUUGAUUCUAACCUGGAGGGAGCUGAAGAGACAUAUAGGUCUGUUUGUGAAGCAUAUCAAAGAAUCUUCAGCAUACUGGAUCUUCCCAUUGUACAAGCUGUUGGAGCCACAGGAGCUAUUGGAGGAUCGUCUUCUCAUGAAUUCCACCUGUUAUCUGAGAUAGGAGAGGAUCAUGUCUACCAUUGCUCCAGAUGUGGGUAUGCAGUCAACCAAGAAACAGUAGAGGGUGUGCCUUCGUGCCGAGAUCACCUGUCGACGCCCGACUGCACCAUGUCGUUGAGGCAAGGCAUUGAGGUGGGCCACGCCUUUUUACUUGGCACAAAGUAUUCCAAGACCUUCAAAGCUGACUUCUUUGAUAAAGAUGGCAAGCCUCAAUUAGCUGAGAUGGGCUGCUAUGGGCUGGGAGUAACAAGGAUCCUGGCAGCAGCUAUAGAGGUUUUAUCAUCAGAGAAAGAGAUCCGAUGGCCACAGAUCAUAGCCCCUUAUCAGGUCUGCAUAGUCUCUCCAAAGGAGGGGGGAGCGGAGAGGUCAGCUAUACACUUAGCAGAGUGGCUAUAUCAAGAUGUGUGUCUUCAUGUACCACACCUAGCAGCUGACCUGCUAUUGGACGAUAGGGGUCACAUGACGAUAGGAAGGAGAGUUAAGGAUGCUGCUCAUGUUGGAUAUCCAUUGAUCGUUGUCGUGGGCAAGAGGGCUCUUGAAGCAGAUCCCAAGUUUGAGGUGAUAAACACAGCAUCAGGAAGCACAGAAUAUCUGUCCAAAGUGGACUUACUUCAGAGAAUGGAAACCAUUACUGUGUUAUGAUGAUUAGCUAAGAGCUAGAAUGUUAGUCUAUCUGCUGAAGUGAAAAGUGGAUUCUUUAAAGUUAGUUUGGUGCAAGUUACUAAAAUGCAUUGAGUCACAAUAUGCUUACACAGGACUUACAUGCUGUGAAGUCCUGCGUAAGCAUUUGGUGACUCAAUCAAAUAUACAUUUGGUACAAAGAAAACACACUAAAAACACCCACUAAGUUAACUUAGCGAAAUGUUGUGGCACAGAAAGACAUGUCCUGAAUGCAAAAUACAUUAAUUGUUGAUAAUACCCGUGAAUACAAAGUUGGGAUUUGAGAUAUCACAAUACUUUGACCUUAUUUAUUCACAGUCUAGUCCAUAGAAGUAUUUUGCCAGCUCCAUGUCUUCAUGAUAGGGUUCUACCCCAAUGCCACAAAUUUUUGGUUUUCCUUAAUAAUACAUUUUGCACGUGGACAAGCCUUUUUGUGCCACUACUUGUAACACUAUCAAAAAUGGGAUUGUUCAAAGCAAGGCCUAUUGUAGAUCGAAGAGCAUUCAGUUCGGUUUGGCUGAACAAUUUAUUUAUCAUGAUGACGAAAUUAAAAUUUAAGCAUACUUUUACGUGUGAAGACAAGAAUUUUCAUUCCAACUGUUGCGAAAUAGUGUAAUUCUGUACUGUUAUUGAUCUAAGUAUCUCAUGCUUGAUACUUUAUCUAACCAUCCUCAAGACAAACCCUUGUCUAGAUUAGAAUGCAAGUGCAUAGUGGAAACGACCUUUAUGUACUUGCAUACAGUUGAACUAUAUGGACAUGUACCAAGGCUUGUUCAAAUUAUGACGCUGUAAGCUGGCGGUCUAGAAAGCCGUGUACAACAAAGGCCCUACACGUUGUCACUCAUAUUAAUGUUAUAAGAUACAGCAAUGUGACACGCAUUACACUUAUCUUGUCCCAGGAGUUCACUGCAAGAUAUAUUAAUGUGGCUUUGGUCAAACCUUAUUAAAACUGUCUGAAUUAAAGUGAUAUUCAGAUAUUUUUGAGAACAAAUAUUUUUGAGAACAAAUAUUUUCAGUGAAGAACGAUUUAAGAGGCUAUCUUUCCAUUUUAGUUGCAUUUCAUACAAGCUUUUGUCAAUUAUUUCGGAUUGACAGACUGUAAUGUAUGCCAGAGGUUUGUCCUACAUAGCAAGUACAGUUAUGCAAUUUCCAUUCUCACAUUCACAAGAUUGUGAUCACUAAUACAGUUGUAACAGGUGAAUGAGGUAGGUUUCAUGGGAAACUUUGGGAAUUACAAAUACAUGUAUGAUGUAUUAAUGUCAAUUUUUUUUAUCAUGUGCUAGGAAUAAAUCAAAAUGCAUAUAUUGAUAUGCAAAAAUCUAAA